CCUUUGGCCUUUGUCGAGCUCUAUGUAAGGUAACCAGUCACUGCUAAGCUGUUACAAGUGUGUGUGCAGUCACUUCUAGCGAAGGGAUCGCUUCGAUCACUUCAGCUCUGAUCUCGACGCUUGGUGGCAGUCAAGAAAGCUUUAUGGUGUCUCGGGAAAAGCGAGUGCUGGUGACGGUCGGAUCGACCCUGUUCCAGGAUCUCACAGAUGCCGUCCUGCAACCAGAUUUUCUCCGUGCUCUCUCGUCCUCGGGAUAUACGUACAUGAUGGUUCAGUACGGAUCAGCUCAGCUAACAUGGGCCGGGCCAGAUACCGUGUCGGGCAUCUCGAUCGAAACCAAACCGUACAUCUCCAACAUCGACAACGUGUUCGCUUCCAGCGACCUGAUCAUUAGCCACGCUGGUUCCGGAUCGAUAUUGAGCGGAUUAAGAAUAGGAAAGGAUAUGAUCGUUGUCCCGAAUUCGAAGUUGAUGGACAAUCAUCAAGUCGAGCUGGCCGAGGUGCUUCAGCGAGAAGGGUAUCUUCUCAAGGCGACCGUCGGAAACCUCGUCGAGACCGUCUCGUUCGACCUACGCGGCAAAUCUUUCGUACCCUUUCCCGCCUUUCAACCAGCUCGCUUCAAGCAACUGGUCGACAACCUUUUCUGA